AUGGCCAAAGAGCUACCAGAGACGGCGGAAGUCGAAAGAGAAUUCGAAGAUGGAGACGAAGGUGCGGUCGAGCACGAAGACGACGAAUCAGACAGAGGACGGGGCGGCCGCAACGCGGGAGAGACCGACAGAGACGAGACUCUGAUCACCGGCGCGGUGCGCGCAACGUCGCAGCAACAGUGGAGACAGCAGGAACAGCAGGACACCGCAGGCAGCUGGUGCCGGAGGAAGAAGGGAAAACCAAAGACUUGGAGGAGGGGCGGCUCGAAGGCUUCCCGCAAGUGCAGCAACUUCUUCAGCAGUGGAGACAACUGGAACGCCCCGACAUCGACGGGCGGCAAGGCGUGCGACGCUUGGGCUCUCGGUCCAUCGGGGCUGAGACCUGAGAACGGCGGCGCUGACGCACCGCAUCCCGAGGCAGCGAAAGGCAAAGAAGGAACAGAAGAAGGAUCAGAAGGAGAGGAAAAGGAAGAUGACGACGAAGAGACAGAAGAAGAGACAGGAGAAGAGACAGGAGAAGAGACAGGAGAAGAGGAAGAGGAAGUAGAACGGUGUUCUUGGGGAGGCGAAGGGGCGAGGAUGUCGCAGUUAACAGGGACAGGCCUUCUCGGAGCUCUCAACGAGUCUCCUCUCGGCGCGUCUCCUUCGUCCUCUUUCCUCUUUGGGCGGGCAUCGUCUUCUGGCCCUCAACAGACAUCCGGAUUCGCUUCUCUCCAGACCCCAGCAGCCACCACCGCUGCGAAGGCUGCCUCGGCAUCGCUCUCGGCCUCCGCAGCCGCAGCGUCUUCUUUCUUCUCGACGCUCACCUCCACGCUCGCUUCCGGCACCUUCCCCGCGCCGAGUCGCCAUCGCAGUGCAGAGACGCCCAGAGGGACUGCCGACGGCCUCGUCGCGAACGCCAUAACUGGAGGCGAAGUCGCCAGCGGGAACGCCGCGACGCCGCUCCGGACCGCGCCGAGGGACAGUCCGUCUGCCUCGGGUGUUCCUGCGCCCGCCAAACCGUAUCAGUUGUUUGACGAGGAUGACCCGCCGGCGACUCCGGGCGAGGGCGCGGACGACGCAGGCGGGGACCUCGCGGAGAAGUUGAUGCUCCAGCGCCUGGUGCGCCGGCGCGAACGCGAGCUCCGGGCCGCCCUCAAGCGCAUGCGGAAGCUGGAAGAAACCGUGGCGGCGCAGGGCGCCGAGCGCCACCAAGAACGGGAACUGUUGUUGGAUGUCCUGAAACAGAACGGGCUUUUCGAGGCGGACCCGUCGCGGAAGGCGCGAGGCGUCGAGGCUGCGUCGCGACCGGACGAGGAGGGCGUUGCCUCCUUCAGCCAAGCCGACGGCCAGGUGGGGUGUACAGACACCCGAGCCGCAGACGAGCUGACGGAGGACGAUGCACUGAUGGGGAUCCAGAAGCUGGCGAACUUGCUCCGGCAGCUGGAAGAAGAAAACCGAGUUCUCCUGCUCUUUGCGCAGAUGGUUUUCCCGACCUAUCCGGGGUUUUCCGGCGCCACGCCCCUCCACGCCGCUCCGCGGGAGUCUGCUUGGACCGCCGUCUCGCGCACGGGCCAGCAGCGGCGGCCACCGCUGGACUUUGAAGACCUGCGAACAUCCUGGCUAGAGCAGGAAGAGGCUCGGGGCGUUGCGGCGGUCCAGGCGCAACACCUUGCGCUGGCGACCGCCCGCGAGUGGGAGCAACAGGCGCAGAAGGCCGAGCAGGAAGGCGCCGAGUUGCGCGCGACUGUCGCCGAGUUGAAGCAGCAAGUGGCGAAGGUGACCAAGGAAAAGGCGCAUCUCCUCGUCGGCCGUCUGCAGCGCGCGGGCGCGGCCCCGUCGGGAUCCCAUGCGAGCUCAGCGCGGCGCCUCGACGCUUGCGAAGGCCGUGAGCGCGAUCUCUGUCCGAACUGUUUGGCGGUGUCGGCGGCUGCGGCGCGCGCCGUGGAAGCGGCGAACGCCGCUUCGGGAAAGUCGCAAGACGCGCAGAGCGCGGACUCGAGAAAUCUUUUGAACGGCGGCGAAGGCGCUUCUGGAGAGAAGGGUGGGGGCGCGACGCCGUCAGCCCGCGACGAAGCGACUGGCGGAGCCGUGCGGAAAGAGAGGGGCGACCCUCCUGACUGGGAGAGAGAAGGAGAAAGAGGAGACGGGGCAUUAGGCGAGGCGAGUCACGGGGAGCCCGAACAGGCGGCAGGUCGAAGGACCUCGCAGGAUGAAACCCGUUCGCCGAUCGACAGUGAGGAAGUUUGUGGGGGGACAGGGAGCGAGAAAAAGGGGGUUUGUGACUCGAGCCCAGAAGACGGAGCACCAGAGGGCGUGGCAAGGGCCAACAGGGAGGCGUCCGGAUCGCCAUUCAGCUUCGUUGAAGGGACGAAGGAGAGCGGAAACACGGUCUCUAGUGCCUGUACCAAGGCCACGCGCAAGCGGCCGGGCGACGCCUCGCCGCUGGCUGCGACAGAGCGAGACGAGUCUCCGGAGUCGUCUUUGCGCGCUGAGGUUGCAGAAUUGAAGCGAAAGCUGGAAGAGGCACAGAGUGCGUUUGGGCGCCAUCGGGAGCAAGCGUGGGAACUUCUUGGAGAAAAGGAGGAGACACUGAAUCGCCUUCGACAGAAACUCGCGACUCUCCAGCGACAGAGACAGGGGCCGUCUGCGGCCUUGAAUGACUCCGAUGCGCCGGGUUCAGACGUAUACGUCGAUGCCAGCGUGGGGAGCGCCGCUUCGCACCUGACCUUCGGAGCCUCGAUGCCCAUCGGGGGGGUGGACCCUGGAGCCGUGGUGCAGGAGAUGGCUGUUCGACAAACCCAGGCGUUGACAGAGAUCCGCGGGCUUCAGGACGCGCUCCAGCAGGCUCGUGAGGAAGUCUUGCGCGAGCGAGGAGAAAGUGAGAGGCUGCGGAGGAAGCUAAAAGACGCGAGCAAGCUCAGAGACAGUCAAGGGCGGGCGACUUCCUUGCCUGGAGCGGGCGGCGACGGAACGGGAGGUUGCCAGGAGAACGUGGAGGCCCCGCGGGGCCGGGAAAACACUCGGAAGACAUCGGUGUCCGCUAGCCUGGAGGGAGUAGAGGAAGACGACGGCGUGAUCCGAGAUGGACAGUAUUUGCGGAACGUGUUGAUUCGCUACGUCCAGUACCAGCGCGGAGGCAACGAGAAGGCUGCUGUCUCGCUGCUACCGGUCCUUGCCACGGUCCUCAAGAUGAACGAGGACGAGAGGCGGCAGAUGCUCGAGACUGGAGGGACAGGGCCUCUCGCAGGCGCCGCGGGAGCGCUCUACGCUGUUGCGCAGCACCUCGGUCUGCCUUGA